GGGACGAAAAUCUCACUUUUCAUGCAGUGUGACAUCUGGACGGUAAAUAACAAAAGUUUUAUGGGUGUAACGGUUCACUGGAUUAAUUCCACUUUACAUCGUAACAAGGCCGCCCUAGCAUGUAAGAGAAUUAGAGGCAGGCACACCUAUGAUGUAAUUGGAGCAGAGAUUGAAGAAAUCCAUUCAUCAUAUGGACUGCAUGGCAAAGUUGUAGCCACUGUAACUGACAAUGCAUCUAAUUUUGCCAAAGCAUUCAGCGUGUGUAAGCCCGGUAAUUUGGAGUCUGAAUCUGAAAAUGAAGAAGGUGAUGAUGAGGAACCGACUUUUACAGAUGUCGUAGAAGCUCUUUCAACCACAUCUGGUGAUGGACAGUUUAGCCUCCCUCCACACUACAGGUGUGCAUCACACACAAUUAACCUAAUUUCAACAAGCGAUGUUGAUAAACAUCUAAAUUCCUGUGCAGACACCAAGGCUGUAUAUAGGAGUAGUAUUGCAAAAUGCUCUGCUCUUUGGACUAAAGCAAGUCGAUCAACAUUAGCCUCUGAACAGGUGGAAGAAGUCAGCCGCAGGAAACUAAUGGUUCCCACAUCCACAAGGUGGAAUUCCCUGUACGAGGCCAUUUCCAGAAUCAUCACAAUUCCGAUGAAUGAGCUGAAUCCCCUUUGCAUAAAACUGGGAAUCAAGUGCCUUAAUAAAAGAGAGUACCUAUUCUUACAAGAGUACUACACCAUGAUGAAGCCCCUGACCAUAGCGCUAGACAUCUUACAAGGGGAUGAGUGCACCUAUGGGGCUUUACUACCAACACUCACAAGCCUGAUGUCAAAGACACUUGCCCUGAAAGAUGACCUUUCUAGAAUGACAGCCAGCCUUCCAGAUGUUAUUGUAAAGGCCAUCAAGAUUCGUUUUGAUGCUGUACUGGAUAGCCAAGAAGGACUUCUUGCAGCGGCCACUUGUCCCAAGCUCAAACUUCGAUGGCUGAGAGAUGAGCGUAGGAGAGAGCAUUUGAAGGAGCUUCUGACAACAGAGUGUCGUAAACCUGCUACUGCAGCUGACAAUGCUAAUGUGUCCCACUCCCAACUGGCAGCCAGCCCAGCUGAAACUGACUUUUUAGAUUUUGAGAACCAGCCCACAGAAAGCUUCUCAGCAGAAAAUGAAGUAACUGAAUAUUUAAGGUGA